AACACUACAAUCAAUCAUGUCUAUUGUAUUACCAUCGGGAUCCGGUGAUUCUUUCAAGGCCGUUAACAAAUACUCUGCUGCCGUACGCCGUCCAAUUGAACCAGUUGGCCGUUACUUCUUAGCCCACGCUUCCAGAACCUUACGUGGACACACCUGGUCUGAAUUUGAAAAAUUAGAAGCCGAAAGAAAUGUUAAGCAAGUUGAAGAGGAUGAAGAUGACGAUUUAGGAGACGAAGAACAAAGCGAAGAAUUACUCGCUCACGACCCAAGAGAAUGGAAGACCGCCAACUUGUACGCCGUCUUGGGAUUGUCUCAUUUAAGAUGGAAGGCUACUGAAGACCAAAUCAGAAGAGCCCACAGAAAACAAGUGUUGAAGCAUCACCCAGAUAAGAAGUCCGCUGCUGGUGGAUUGGACCAAGAUGGAUUCUUCAAGAUUAUCCAAAAGGCAUUUGAAAUCAUGUUGGAUCCUAUCAAGAGAAGACAAUACGAUUCCGUAGACACCGACAACGAUCCAAAGCCUCCUUCAGCCAAGACCAAAUACGACUUCUUUGAAGUUUGGGGUCCUAUUUUCGAAAGCGAAGGUAGAUUCAGUGUCAAGCAACCCGUUCCUGCUUUGGGUGGAUUGGAUGCUACCAAGGAACAAGUAGACGAAUUCUACGGAUUCAUGAACAAGUUUGAAAGUUGGAAGACUUUUGAAUUCAAGGACGAAGAUGUUCCAGAUGACACUGCUAACAGAGACCACAAGCGUUAUAUCGAACGUAAGAAUAUUGCCACCAGAAAGAAGUUGAAGCAAGAAGAUAACAAGAGAUUUAUAGAAUUAGUCGAAAGAGCUUACAGUGAAGAUCCAAGAAUCAAGAUGUUCAAAGACCAAGCCAAGAAGGAAAAGGCCGCUAAGAAGUGGGAAAGAGAAGCUGGUUCUAGAAAGGCUGCUGAAGAAGAAGCUGCCAAGAAGGCCGCUGAAGAAGAAGCCGCCAAGAAGGCUGCUGAAGCUGAAGCUUCUAAGAAGGCUGAUUCCAAGAAGGCCAAGGAAGCCGCCAAAGCUGCUAAGAAGAAGAACAAGAGAAGUGUCAGAAACUCUGCUAAGGACAACGAUUACUUUGGUGAUGCCGGUAAGGCCAGUGAUAUUGAUGCUGAUAUUGAAUUAUUACUUGAAAAGUUCGAUGAUGUCAAGUUGGGUGAAGUUGCUGCCAAGGUUAAGGAUGCCGAUGCUGCAGGUGUCAAGGCUGCUCUUAGUGAAGUUGUUGCUGAAUUGGUUGGUGCUGGUUCAUUACAGGCUUCAUACUUGAAGUAUUUCUCUGCCUAGAUAGAUUAAAUAUAUAUACUAACUAUUUAUCGUCUUGUUCCUCUUCCUGUGGUGGUUCUUUUUCUUCUUGUUCGUCGUCAAGAUCUUCAUCGGACACGGCAAACUUUUGUUUCAAGACCAUUCCUUUCAAGUGGUAAUGAGCCUUUCUCUUCUCUUCAAAUCUUCUAUGUCUUUCUUCGGCCGUCAAUUCUUGUUCAUUUUCUUCGUCUUCUGGUUGUUCGUUUUCGACAACAGCCUCUUCAUUAGGUAUGACUUCACCACCACUAAGCGACCCCACGACGGGAUGUUCCUUAUCAAACUCGCCUUCACCCAAAGUGAACGAAGGAAUAUCGUCUUCUGGAGCCGCUUCUUCAUUGUCGUCAUCACGAUAGUACUCACCCAAUGGGUUAAAGCCACCCUCAUAUGGAGUCUUUGGUUCAUCGAUCUUCAUGGUAGCAGCCUUCUCCUGCUCGGUCUUGUACAAGUUAAUCUCAUCCCACUUCAAAUGGUCGCCUUCAGAUUCACCUGGUUCCGACUCAGCCUCGCUGCCACUGGCCCCGAAUGAUCUUCUUCGCUUCUCCUCGGCGAUCUUGGCUCUGAUUUUGUCUCCUUUGGUGGAGUACUCUGAGCUAAGCCUAGCGUUCAAUUGCGUGUUCUUGAUGACUUCUUGACGAUCCAAUUGGUCCAGUAUUUCAUGGGGGACAUGCUGUCCUUCGUCUCUAUUCCUCAAGAUUCCUCUUGGUUUGUUGUCUGACAUAUUGAUUAAUGCAAGUGU